AUGGAGUGCACCCUCAGCGCAUUUGCAGCUGACCCCCAGCUGAGGGGUGUGGUUGACACACCUGAUGCCAUCCAGAGGGACCUGGACAAGCUGGAGAAGUGGGCCCAUGGCAAUGUCCUGAGGUUUAACAAGAGCCAGUGCAAGAUGCUGCCCGUGGCUCAGGGCAGCCCCUGCACAGCCGCCUCUCUGAGCAAAGCCCUGAACUUGGGUCCAUGCAAUUUUCUGCUGGGGAGAAAUUUCUUUUUCUUGUGGUGGUUGAAGGUGCACUGUUUCCUUCAGGCACAGACAGCCUACCAGGACACAUUAGAAGAAAUCAGAAGCAGUCAUUUUGACUCCCUGAAAAAACAGUUAGAAGACAGAACUAGAGAGCUUGAACGUGCACUGGGAAGGACAAAAAGCAACCAGCAAGAAAGACCUGUUCAAAAAGAAUCCAGACAGCCAGCAGUGGACAAGUACAAAGAGCUGUACCUGCAGGAAGUAAAAACCAGCAAAAGCCUCACAAAGAAACUGGAUAGAGCCAAUGAGAGACUUGAAGAGGCCAACGCGAAGCUCCUUUGGGAGCGCCAGAGAAGCAAAUCUGCAGCCACAAUCAGCGAUGUCAGGAGACGUAUGGCUGCAAUUCCACCUCUGGAUUUAGCUGGCCUGGGACACCUUGGGAACC